UGGAAACUGGAUCGCUUGGUGGGCACUGUCUCGAAGGUAGUCAAGGGCCACUUCGAGGCUCUGAACUUUCAACACGGGAAGGGGGGCGUUAAGACCGCAUUCAUCCGAGUAUCUGAGAAAUUGGACCCGCUACGAGUCGUGGAGAGCAUCAAUCGGCUGAACCUUCAUAAGUGCAAGCUUGUUGCGGUUAUACCAAAUAGUGUACCGGAUUUGCCGUUGUGUGCAAUGACGAAAAGGAAGGACAAGAAGAAGAAGGCAAGAGUGCCUCUAAAGGAUUUCAGUCCCGAGCAGAUUCUGGCGACAGUUCACUCGGAAAUUCUCACAGAGCUUGUUACCAAGUAUACCGGCUUGAAUGAACUCAGCCAGAAGACAUCGCAUCGGUUGCUAGAUGACUUAGCAGAGACAAUAUUCAACAGGUUGAAACAUAUCAUUGAUACAAAUCCAUCCAGCUAUGAAAACUGCUUCAAGCUCAGCAGCUUGUAUAGUGGCGUGANGGGCGUGGCGACCGCGCGCUUUUCAUACAUAUACGGCGAGCCGUUCCUGCCAAACCACCACUCGGUGGACCCGAUCCUGCGCAAGCUGCGAGCCACUCACAUCAGUCGCUCGUCAUUCACCUUCAACAUGGUGCGGUUUAAUGUGCCCAGCGCUACCUACCAUCAGACUAUCGCGCUAAACGGCAAGGAAGUCG